ACCAAGUAUUAAUCUUCUCUGUUUCCUGUAAGAAUCAAUCUCCACCGUCAGAUCUAAGCCACGGAUCUCGUCGACAUGGACACGAUCCCCAGCUGCCACGUGGUGGCGAUGCCCCACCCAGGUCGUGGCCAUAUCAACCCCAUGAUGAACGUCUGCAAACUCCUAUCAUGCUAUCAAGGCCUAGUCAUUACCUUUGUGGUCACUGAUGAGUGGCUCGGCCUCAUCGGCUUAGCUCCAAAGCCGUCCAACAUACAGCUCCGCUCCAUACCCAAUGUCAUCCCAUCAGAGCUGGACCGCGGGGCUGACUACGCCGGUUUCCUCGAGGCUGUCUUCACAAAGAUGGCCGAUCCAUUCGAUCGGCUCCUGGAUCAGCUUAAUCAGCCGAUCAGCUGCAUCAUAGCUGAUACUCACCUGCCGUGGGCCGUUGAGAUCGGAAACCGGAGGAGUAUUCCGGUGGCAUCGCUUUGGACAAUGACGCCGGCCGUGUUUUCCAUCUUCCAUCACUAUGAUCUGAUCAUGUCCAAUCUGCAUUUAACGGCUGAUGAUGACUUAUCAGGGCAAUAUGCUACUGUCAGACAUGGAGUUACAAUUAAAUUCAAAUCACAUGCCAUUGACAGAGAUCACAAGGUCAUGGAUGACUUUAGGCCAUAUGUCACUUUCAAAGAUGGGGGCAUGAUAGAAGAGAAGAACUGCUUGAUCGGCAUCCCAGGCAUCACUUCCAUUAGAGUAAGAGAUUUACCAUCCAUUUUCCUUCAAAAAGAUGCAAAUGGUGUCCAACUCCUAAGCCGAGCUCUACAAGCCUUCCAAAGCGUGCCCAAAUCACAAUGCCUUAUGCUCGCAUCCUUUUACGAGCAAGAUACACAUGCAAUAGACACCCUAAGAGCAAUACUCGCACUCCCCAUCUACCCUGUGGGGCCCACCAUCCCAUACAUGUCCCUCCACAAAACAUCUUCGGACAGCAAGGAUCGCACCCCCGUGGACUACUUCAGUUGGCUCGAUUCUAGAUCGAAAUGCUCCGUGCUAUAUGUGUCACUGGGCAGUUUUUUACCUAUCUCUGGUCCACAGAUGGAUGAAUUUUUAUUGGGGUUGGGCUCAAGUGGGGUCCACUUCUUAUGGGUCGCACGUGGGGAUGCCGGACAUCUACGAGAGGCGGCGGCGAUCAACGGUGAGAUUGGUCUAGUUGUGCCAUGGUGUGACCAGUUGAGGGUCUUGUCCCAUCCUUCCAUUGGAGGCUUCUUGACACAUUGUGGGUGGAAUUCUACUAUGGAAAGUAUCUUUGCAGGUGUGCCAAUGCUCACAUUUCCGCUAUUUUGGGAUCAAACUACAAAUGCUAAGUCGAUAGUCGAAGAUUGGAAAGUCGGCAUUAGAUUGAAAAAAGAAGUUGGACAGGAGAAUGUGGUAAAAUCCGAUGAAAUUGCUCGGACCGUGCAUAGAUUAAUGGACUUAGACGGAGACGAGAGUAAAGAGCUGAGGAGAAGAGCUAGAGAACUGCAAGAGUACUGCAAGAGAGCAAUAUCCACGGGCGGCUCAUCUACUGCUAGCUUGGACACCUUUGUUAGAGAUUUUGUUAGAGGCCGCAACGGAUAGACCUGAUCAUUGGCAAUUAAAUGUAGUUUAAUUAGUUUAAUUCUGUAAUGUUUUUAGAGACCACAACCAAAUGGCUUGCAAUUUUAUAAAUUUAGCCAUUGUUUAAUUACUAAAUUUCAAUUUAGCUAUGUAUUGCACUCUCUACUUCUUUAGAAUCAUGAAUGGUUCAAAUUUAUGGAUUGAAAUU